AUGCCGGGCGACGCGGCCGAGGACGCGCACCUGGCGCUGAUGAGUGGGCGCGGCGGCGACGCCCGCCACGCGCUGGCGGGCGUCUCCGGAGGGGGGGCGGGACUGCUCUAUGCGCCGCCGCCGUUCGCCUGCGGUUCGCGGGCCUUCCCUGGGCUGGCCGGUGAGGAACUUGAGCGCGGAGGCGGCGGCAGCCAUGCAGGGUCCUAUCGCGAGGCGUCCAGCGCGCGUCGCGGCGAGCGCGAGCGCCGAGAGCGCGGCAGCGGGGGAGACUCGGCGUCGCCGGAGCGCGUCGUCAUGCGCCGCUCACCGCUCGCCUCCGCGCGCUACGCGCCGUAUUACGCACCCGCGAUGCUGCGCUCGUGGCCGCGGUACGAUGAGGGCGACGAGACGUUCGCGUACAACGAAGAGAGCGAGCGACGCCGCGGGAGAGGCGAGUACGCGACCGCGCGCGAGGAGGACGUGGGGGCGACGGUCUACGGUCGCCGAGGCGUCUCGUCGUCUGGCUGCCGGGCUUCGGCCUCCUCCGCGUCGUGUCUCCCCAUGGUGCUGCCGCCGCCGUCAUUCGGGGGAGGCGUGCCGCUGGGCGAGUACGCGUAUCCUGGCGGCGUGGAGGCUUGUCGAUACGGCUCGCCAGGAGGUCGGCGCGGCGAGCGCUGGGCGCGAGACGAGCACGGCGGAAGGGGCGAGGAGGCGGCGCGGGCGGCGGCGUACCUGGCGGACCGCGAGGCGGAGGACGAGGACCGGCGCGACGGCAGAGGCCGCAAGCCGAGCGGAGAAGGCCUCUACGCGGGGGGGGGCGUCUGGGCGCCGAGGCAGCGGGUCUACGGAGGCCGAGAUGAGCGAGACGUGGGUGACGUGUACGCCGCAGCAGCGGGCGACCGGUACCUGCGAGGCGACGAGGACCGUGAGCGACGCGAGGCCUACUACUACGAGAGCCGUAGCGGCAGGGGACAUGCUGGCGACGCGCAGGCCGGGGGGCGCCGGCGCGACGGCGCGGGGGGGGCAGGCGGCGAGCGCCACAGACAGGCCGCCGGCGGCGAGGACGUGAAGAGGCGCCACGACGAGGAGGAAGGCAGGCGCCGAGACGAAGCGGGGACGAGAAGAAAAGACGAGAGCGACCGGAGGCGGCGCAGAGACAUCGACGAGCGCGAGUUCUUCAUGGCUGCGGCGGCGCAAGCCGGUGGCGCCGGGGGCGGGGGAGGAGACCGCGUGGCGGCGGGGCGGAGGCUCUACGAAGCGGAAGAAGAGGCUGAGUUCCCGAGAGGGCACAAGCCGUACAGACACUACCGCGACGGCGAAGAGGACCGCCUGCGCGCACAAGGCGGCGGGGCGGAGAGAAGAGAAGACGAAGAGCGCGCCGCGAAGCGACGCGCCGCGCUGCUGGCGGAGGAGGAGCACAGCGCCCCCCGCGCGGGUCGCCGCGGCGGCGGUCCGUUGUCGUCGUACGGGGGGGCAGCGGAGGGUGCGAGCGACGCAGGCGACCAAGAGAGCGGUGAGCGGCGGCGCGACGCCGACAGCUGCCAUCACCAUCACGGAUACGACGCCGCCGAGAGCGAGGAGAGCUACGCGCUUCUCGCGCGCGACCCGCAAGCUGCCAGGGCGCAUCGCGGUCGCGCGACACUCGAGCGCGACGUGCACGCCGUCGACGCAGGCGGACACGGCCGGCGGCGACACGAAGACCGGGACUUCUACCCUGGCGGCGGCGAGCGCAUCCGCGACAAGGAGCGAGGCGAAGAUGCGUACAUGUCGCAACUCGCGUCGCGGGAGCGUCUGGUUCGAAGAGGACGCGGCGGAGGCGAUGACGGGCGCGCGAUGGACGCCCCACCCCCGGCAGGGGGGUACGGGGGCCCCGAGGAUGCCUGCCGCGCGGGCGGCGGAGUCGAGGACGAUGCGCCUCGCCGCAGGCGAAAGAGCCGCUCGCGGUCGCCCGGCGGCGCAGGCUACUUCGUGGGAUACGGCGGGUACGCCGCGUCGCGCAGCCACUUCCCGGCGCAGACGGCGCAGCACCCGCACAGCCACGCGGAGGGCGCGCGCCGCCGCGGGUGCGGAGGAGACGGCGACGAGGAAGUCGUGGCGGGCGGCAACGAGGCGCGAGACGAUCUUAGCCGCAGAACCGAAGAGGACAGGUAUCGCGCAAACGCGGCGGCUGGCAGACGACGCCCCGAGUACGCAAGCCGCGCGCCGGGCGAGGAGGACCGACCUAGACGCGAGGAGGCCGGCGCCGCAUUCGGCGGCGAGCAGAGGCACCGAGGAUACCGCACCGCGCGCGAAGAGCACGCUUAG